CGGAGGAGCGCUGGGUAUAAAGGAGGAGGCGCCGAGCCGCGCCUGCUCGUCCUUCGGCCCUUCCCAAAUCGCGCAGCGGCCGGAUCGCAGCACCAUGAUGGCGAGGCGGCUCCUCCUGGGCACCAGCCUCCUGCAGCUACGCCGUCGGGGCUCCCUGGGCCUUCUGCCUCGCAGUUUGACGUCUUCCCCGAAAACUCUUGAACACUCUGCACCUCAGAACCACGUGUACAGCACAGAGGAAGGGAGUGCUAGCAAACUGUCCGGGCGCUAUCCAGUACCCAACAAAAAGGAUUUGCCGUAUGAUAUCGUAGAGCUUAUGGAGGAAGUGGAAGUAAAGAGUGGGUUUUUGCCCAACGUGUUUAAGGUUAUGUCUCACCGACCGGCAGAAUUUAGAGCAUUCUUUGCUUAUUACAAUACCAUCAUGAACAAGGAGACAGGAAGCCUAAGCAAGGCUGACAAAGAGCUCAUUAUUGUGGCCACGAGUAUUGUUAACAAGUGUCCAUACUGCGUAAUUGCACAUGGUGCUCUACAUCGGAUAUACUCCAAAAAACCAGCGCUAGCAGAUCAGGUCACUGUGAACUGGCAAAUGGCCGAGCUGAGUGAUCGGGAGAGGGCCAUGGUUGAAUUUGCACUCGCCGUCUGCCAAGCAGAUAAUAUCACCGAAGAGCACUUUCAGAAGCUGGAGGCGAACGGGUUUGACCGAGAAGAUGCCUGGGACAUAGGCACAAUUGCAGCCUUUUUUGCCAUGUCGAACCGCAUAGCUCACUUCACAGAUAUGCAUCCAAACCCAGAAUUCUACGUCAUGGGAAGGAUACCAAGAGAGAAAGAGAAGAACGAUGCCUCCUAACAAGGCUUGCUGGCACCCAAAUCAUUGCAAGGACAUUGGGCUCAGUGACAGGCAGAAGGUCAAGAUGGGCAAAUGUUGCAUCCGCUGAGAAAUGAAAUGUGUUUCACUUGCUAUUGUGCUAUACUUUUGGAAAAUGUUUUCUGGUAGGGUCUCAAUUGUAAUGAGAUGCUCUGAAGACACGGCAAGAUUGGAGAUUCGCUGCCCAGUUUCUUUUGAUUGUGAUAAGCUGUAUACUGUGAUUUCUUCAUAACUGCGGAGUUAACACUUUUGUCAUAUCUGUUGUUUCUAUUAAACGUAUUUGAGCAAGUUUGUAUCUGCUGUAGAAAAUCUUUUAAUGGCCAGAAAUUGGAAAGAGCUUUUUUAAGUAUACACUGGAGAAGAUUUGGAGAAAGAUCUCCUUUCCUCUGCAAGUAUAAAAUCUCUGCUCUGUUGGUCUCCUUGGAAGGUCUUCUCAGGAACAAUUCCAUCUGCAUUUUCCCAACCUAUACAAAUGGGGAAAGUUUUCUAAAGUCAGCAUCCCACAGCUCUGUUAGGCAAACUUGAUGUCUUACCGUUUCCUUAGUUCUUAGAAGGGGAAUAAGCAACUAUUUUCCAUGAAGGAACAUGCUCCUUGUCUCACACAUUGGUUGUAGUUUUGACCUUAGUUGUAAA